CCGUACAUGCACGGAUGAAGAGGCGCUCCGUGGGCGCUGUGGGCUGUGUUGCGUUUAGUUGCGACUUGGCGAGAGGGGAAACGGCUCAUUGCUCGGACUUUGCGAGACGGAGCGAAGACUUGGGAAGGACCAGGCAUUAUAAGCAGCCGGCGCGCAUGCGUUCGUGCCCCCCUGCGUACCACCCAGAGAUAGACAACAUGAGGCACCCGGACGGAGAUGAUUCGGGCGCCGCUCUACCUGGAAUGUGUCUCUGAGGAGCUUCGCGCCGUGAGGCAUGAGACGGAUGUGUGCUGUAGAAUUCUAGGAAUAAUGUGAAGAUGAGUUUUCUGGGAUCUGUCCGCAAUUUGUUGCUGGCUGUUUGUCUGAUGUUGGUCCUUGGAUUUCUGUAUUAUUCUGCUGGGAAGUUACACAUGCAUGGAUGGGGUCAGGAACCACAAUAUGAUCGACUGGGAUUUCUGCUGAAGCUUGAUUCCAGAAUGGAACUGGAGAAAUCAGUAGUGGACAACAGAGGAGAUGGCUGUGCCUUUGCUGAUAUCCAGAAAGACAGACUUUUUUCUCCCUGCCUCCCCACAUUGAACUACACUCGCUCAGCAGAAUUGAACUAUAAAAAUGGAAAUGUCACAGAAGGUGGCUGCAGAAAAGGAUAUGCCUCUGCACAGAUGACAGCAAUAUUUCCAAAAUUCUCAAAACCAGCACCAAUGUUUCUUGAUAACACCUUUAGGCGAUGGUCAAAACUGAAAGAUUUUGUUCCACCAUUUGGAAUCAAAGGACAAGAAACAGUUAUACAAAAAAUACUGGGAAUAACAAAACACUUCACCUUGACUUCACACCUGGAUAGUUUAAGCUGCAAACGCUGCAUCAUCAUGGGCAAUGGAGGAAUAGUGGCUAACAAAUCUCUUGGCCCAAGAAUUGAUGAAUAUGAUGUUGUCAUAAGACUUAAUGAAGCCCCUGUGAAAGGAUUUGAAAAAGACGUUGGCACAAAGACAACCAUUCGAAUCACAUAUCCAGAAGGUGCCAUCCAGAAACCCACACGAUAUGAGAAGGACUCGCUAUUCGCAUUUACUGGAUUCAAGCCUCAAGAUUUCAAAUGGUUGAAAUACAUUGUUUACAAAGAAAAAGUGAGUCCUUCAGAUGGCUUCUGGAAGUCCGUUGCCACAGUUGUCCCAAAGGAACCCAAAGAGAUCCGAAUUCUGAAUCCUUAUUUCAUCCGUGAAGCAGCUUUCACAUUUAUUGGCCUUCCAGUCAACAAUGGAAUGAUGGGUCGUGGGAAUAUACCAACACUAGGCACAGUUGCAAUAACAAUGGCAUUGCACAAUUGUGAUGAAGUGGCAGUCGCUGGGUUUGGUUAUGAUAUGAAUGCUCCAAAUGCACCUCUACAUUACUAUGAGAAUGUUAAGAUGUCAGCAAUCAAAGAGUCUUGGACUCAUAAUAUUGGAAAAGAAAAAGAAUUCCUUAGGAAAUUGGUGAAAGGACAAGUGAUCACAGAUUUGACAGCUGGGAUCUGAGACGACGUUAUUUCAAUCCCAAAAUGAAAUUGGGGAAGAAAAGGCAAGCAUAAAGAAGAACGUCCUGUGGACUCUGCAGAAAUUCAGCUGAGUAUGAGGAUAAAGCUAUACCAAACUACAGGGGAGUCUGCACAUCUCUAAAUAAAACCUGUCAUUUUGCAACAACACUAUAUUGAGGACGGGGGGGGGGGGGGGGGGGGGACGGGGCUGGAUUUUGUAUAGAUACAAUUUAUUGCUCCACCUAAGUGUGCAAUGACAAAAGUAAAGAAACUGAUAAUCGUGCCAUAAUUACCUCUGGAGAAAGAAAUGCAACAGGAUUGUUGAGAUAUUUCUCUUUUUAUAGCUUGAAUGUAAAGAUUUUCAGAAGUUACGUAGACAAACACUUUUACAUUGUGUUAAGUUUUAAUUUAAUAUUUCCUCUCAUCUGCCCAAAACCCAUGAGACUGAUGGUUCCGUCCCAGACUGUCGAUUAAUUGCUGCUAUUCAUUUUUGGAGGUAGAGGAUUUUUUUUUUUUUUUUUUUAAAAAGGACUUUUAUCUGGACGAAAUAUUUGUCAGUGCAGAACAGAUGCUGUGAAAGCGCUUAAGUAUGAUCAGCCUUUCAAUUUCAAGAGCAGAAGAUAGUGUAUUACGAGUAAAACUUUGCUGUGUCAGUGCUGUUAUCACUAGCGUGUGCAAUGAUCGGAAGACAGUAGUCCCACGUGUGGCUUUAAUAACUGGACCCAUAAACUUGAAACAUAAUCAAACCUUCAGCAAGUGCACAAUCUGCUUGGAAAGCAUUUUUUUGGUGGAACAAGCAGAUCAUGUUAGAACAAAAAGUCAGAGACAACUGUUCCACGUGCUUGCCUUGUGCCACAGUAUUAUCGAUUUUAAUUGUGUUGCUGGUUCUUGUUAUGCCAUCAUCAAAAACCACCAUUCAGAAGUUUGAAAGAGUACAUCUCGCAUAGCUGGACCUACGUUUAAUACAGGAAGAGCAAGCAAACUAAAUGAGAUGGUGUUAUCUCACUACCAAUCAACAAACAUUGACCAGCAUCACCUUCAGCUCAUUUAUAGCAGAAAAUAACAGUUUUUAUUUUUCUCAAAGACUUGUACUUUUAAAAUGCUUUUUUUUUUCUUAUCGUUAAUUGAAUGAAUCACAGUAAUGUGGAGUAGAAAUGGCGAAUAGAAAUCAUAGUUUGCUCUGGUACUAAUAUGACAAAUGUUUUAGAAAUAUUCUGUUAAACACAUUAAAGGUUCAUGUUUCCAGCUUGUUGAUUUGCCUUGCCAGGUUUGACAUGUAAUUGAUACUCGCUCACAUGGGAUUUGAAUGGAAAUUAACUUGGAUAGCAGUUUACAAUAACUAGUUUGGAAGAGCUCACACUCCAUUUGAAAGACAUACAUGUUGCUUGAACCCACUGCACUCCAUUAUCCAAUUUGUUUUUGUUGCACAUAAAUGUACCUUCUCGGCAGGUGUCAGACUUCUGCUUUCCCCCAUUUUUCUAUUAUACAGAAAAAUGGUAUGGUGAUUAUGAAACAGAAUGCACUGAAGGAUGCUAUUAAUGAUAGAUGCAUUAAAGUGUUUGUCAGCCAUGAGAUUCAAAUACUAUUCUUGAACAUUAGUCAUCCUGCACCAAAUUUACUCCAGUUUAUUUAAAUAGGUGAUGCUUAUUUGGUCAAAUUGAAAAUAAAACCACCAACAAAAUGAAAUGUAAUUAAUUCACUAUUGUAGCUAUUCCAAAUGCUAACUCUUACCUUUCAUUACUACUCAUUGUCACCAAGGUAUUUCAAAAUGAUUUGGAAGAUAUUUUUGCCCACAUUGUGCUAAUUUUCACAAUGCCCACUCUUCCAUCAGUCCACACAAACAUACCUGUCUGGGUGAAUUCAUUCUGGAUUUGUUAAGGAAUGUGUGUAACAUUUAGAUGGCUUUAUUAUUGUAUUGAUUCAAUGUGAUUAUAUUGCUGCGUCACAAUUAUGGAAGAUUCAACCUUCUUCAGGAACCACGAUUUAAAAAAA